GCUGGGGCGAAACAAUGUUUGUCUGCUGAAUUGCUGCAAUGUAGCGUUAGACAAGUAAUGUUAUGUGGGUGGGCAUUUCGCCUUGUUCACCAUUUCGUGGUUUUCUUCAAAGUUUAAUGUGAAACAUAAAUUCAGUCAUAAGAUAUGUACUGUGAUAUUAACUCACGAUUGUGUUUUAUAAGGAUCUGCGACAAAUAACACGUAUCUUCAAAUAUUUGUAUCGCGAACUUUUGACCGUCAAUGGUAAUGAGUUUCCACAUUUAUGAGGUUUAUAUUCAUUUCGUUCGUCCAUAGCAUAGGCUUUAAUUUAUAGAAAUUCAAUCAUUUGUAACGAGUGGAUCCAGUUAACUAAUCAGUAGUUUUUUGUACUAAACAUGGUUAUUGCCUGUUGUAACUGUCAAAAUUUUUGUUAAUUGCAAUUUAAAAAUUUUCGAUUAUUCGUAAUUGCAAAUUAAUAUUAUUAAUUGAACAUGCAUGCAGCAGGUAUAUGUUUUGUUUGUUUGUUGAGAACUUCGUAGAUGUACACUACAGAGCUACAGUUAUUAAUUUGUUGUAGGAACACUAUGUGAUUAAAUUCAGUUGCUUAGGUCAAUUUGCCUUGCGACUGUAGGUACUAAUUUGUUAAAAAUUAUAAAUGUACUAGACUAGUAUAUAAAAUUUAUGUUCAGGCUUUCGUACGUUAUCAUACUGUAACAGGAGUUAAUAUAGCGUCUAGUGUCUAAAUCUAAUAAUCACGAUUAACUGCAGCAAUCACUCGUCCACUAAGUCCAAAAUAUACACAAAUCAUUCACCUCUUCAUACUUCAGGCUUAUGUAGUUGUAAUUUUUAGUGACGUGUAUGGGGAAAUAUAUAGUGGUAUUAGUCAAAAUGAGAAGGAAUAAUUUUUUAGGGCGCCGGUGUACACUAACCCAUGUAAAUGUAGUUUUAUUUCUUGACUUGUACAUUUGAUUUACUGUAAUGGUGUUUUUGAAAUACGAUUAUCCAUUAGUUCAAAACUCGAUCUUUUGUCAUGGGUGUUUGUAUCGUGUACUAAGUUAGGUCCCCCCCGCUCCGUCCUUUUUCAUCAGGAGAAUGUGUUCUCUGUAAACGUUUAUGUGAAAUGAGAGGAAAGGAGAGACAGAAACUGUUGCAGGUAAAAGGUUUGCUGCUUUUUAAGUGUCAGAGGGAGGGCUACUGAGCUUAAUAUCCAAAUACAGCAUCCAGCUCAUCAUCAACACUAUCAUAAUUCCACGAGAAGCUGCAUAGAGCUUGGGUGUUCACUUCUGAGCAUUGGCUUACAGCUAACAAAACUUCCCACCACAUGUGCACUGGUGGUAAUUACAGAUGGCGUUAGUAAGAAAAUGGUGGACAACUGAUUAUGCAAAAGAUGUUGUUAGCUCGCUACGUGAAAAAGAGCGUCAGAGGAUUCCAUUCAACUUUCGUUCUCCUCAGAUACAGUACAGAAGUCAUUUAGUUAAAUGGAUCUGCAACAUAGCUGAAGGAUUGAAACUUAGUAGUACAACAGUUCAUUUGGCUAUAUAUAUUCUUGACAUUUUUAUGGAUAACCAUAGUAUUGCCCUGGAAAGUCUGAACUUACUAACAUUAGUAUCUGUCUUGUUAGCAGCAAAAUUUGAGGAGCGGGAUAUAAAUGUACCAAAAGUAUCUGAUAUGAAUGCAUUGAUUGAAAGUCCAUAUCCAGUGGCUGAAUUUCUUGCAAUGGAAUUCAUGACUCUUCAGUUUCUUAAAUGGAGUCUUGUGCACCCAACAGCUGCACAUUUCGCUGAAUUUUAUGUGGUACAUAUCAUUUCACCAGCAGAUUUUAGCUCUGACCAUCAUUUUGAAACUUACAAAGAUCUGCAACAUGCUGCCCAUCAUUAUAUGAAAGAAUUUUUGGAUUAUUCUCUUCAAGAUCCAGGGUUUCAUCUUUUUAAUCCAUCUCUUGUUGCUGGGUCAUGCAUUGCUCUAGCACGAAUAAGACUUCGUCUCUCUGAGAAGUGGACACCUGGACUUCUAGAAGUAACGCAGUAUCGCCUCAGUGAUCUGAAACCGUGUAUGGAACUUAUAAUGCGUGUAUACCACUUGAAUCAACCUACCAACAAGGCAGCUGAAGAAAGGAAGAGGAAAUUUACUGAAUCACCAGACCAUGGUUAUGGCACCUGUACUAGUGUAACCAGCAGUCCAGAAACGUCUGGCAGAUCAUGAGAAAGUGAUAUUUAGAACUUUCUCAAGUUCCCAUGAAUACAUGUGCUUUCAAUGUCUAUUGUUUCUGUUAGAUGAAUGAUGUACAAAAGAAUUGCAACCAUUAAGCAAAAAAAUCCUGAUUUAAUUAACUUGAAGAGCUUUGAGAAAUUAUAAGUCUUAUUGAUUUCAUCUUGUUUUAACCAGUCUGGUUAAGAAUAGAGUCAUUAAAUUUUUGUUGUUGUUGUUGUUGUUGUAGUUGUUGUGUGUUUCCUCAGUGAAGCAAUGUAAAUGUCUACUGCAGCAGUGCUGCAUUUUCAGUAUUAGAAGUAAAAAGUAAUUGAGGUAAAUGAAGUGUGUUAGAAGAGCAUGCCUGUUACACGUUGGGCUUCUAUAAUAGCAGUGUGAACAUGCAACACACAUUUUUUUCAUAAUUUAUUUGAUGUGAGAGGUGUAAUGCCUUUGAUCUCUGGUAUUAUAAAUUCUAAGGAGACACAGUGUUACUGUUGAUGUCGGAGAGUACUUUUUUUUAUUGUGUUGACAAUAUUUUCAAUACUGGGCAUUUCUUAGUAUAUGAAUUACUCAAAGAAUUAAUGUUCUUUUCCACUGUACCUGCAAUUUCAUGUACUUGUGUAUGUUAAAAUUUAUGUAAACUUCUGCAAGAGACUGGUAUUUCGAAAUUCACAGUCUUUCUUCCCACCAACAAGAAUUGUUUGUGCCAGUAACUUAUUUUUCUCCUCCUCCUCCUGUCUGUUCCUUCUGUGAAGGACUGAUUUUCUAUUAGAUUAAUAACUGUCUGAUCUCAUGGACAUUAAAUUCUCAUUUACAUUCAGUUCUUGAUUCUAAAUCAAGAGAUGAUUGUUUAUGUCCAUUGUACUCAUAUAUAAACAAUUUUUUAUUUUUAGGAUUGAAAAUACAAACAGUCCCUUUGGGUUGUUCCAAAUGCUCAGUUACUAUUUUUUUAAAUAUUUGAAGUAGCCAUUUAAAAAAUAAGUUAUGUGUUUCUGCCUUACAUGGUUGUGUGUUAUUACUGUGAUAUUUUUAUGCUGUGAUGUGACAUUUCAUUUUUUCUAUGUACGGUGUUCUUACAAAUCAGUGCUGUAGUUGGAUGAGCUUGUGUGCCAAGUUUGUGCAUAACACAUUUCACAUUAUGUCUGAUAUUAGGUGUAUGUUUGGGUAAAGAUUAGUCUAUUUACAAAUGUUUUGAUUGCAUCAACUGCUAGGCAAUACUCAGCUGUUAAGGAUACCUUGUUGAUGCUUUCUUUCACCUUCCCAGUUUCUACUGUUGAAAUUUGUCAGAUAUGGCAUUGUUACAUGACAUAUAUUUUAAGAUUGAAUACUAUGAUUUCUUCCCCCACAUUCCUAUGGAAUAUCCAGUACAACCUAAGACUGGCAAUUUACCUAAGACUGUCAAGUUAUUUGGAGUAUAGCUUUAAGAUAGAUAAAUAAUUUUGAAGACUGAGAUUUACUUUAAUGUAAUUAUUGAUCAUAUGAUAGUUUCCACUUGCAAUUUU